AUGACUUAUCACACGACUCUGGUGGCGCGAAUGAUAAUAAAUGAUUUUACUACGCGUUGGAGUUUCGACUACCGAUCAUCUCACAUGGUGAAUCUAAUGCUUCAGUUAUGUAUCGAGAAGAUCAUCAUUUCAGUUUCUUGUUGGAUAACAGAUCAUACGCUACAAUUUCUGCUAUACAUUGAUGAUAUAAGCACAAAGCUUGCUGCAGGAAAUACCACAAUAUUUGCCGAUGACACAAGUAUUCUAAUAUCGGGUACUGAUACAGAGGACCACAACCAAAAAAUUAAACUGCUUAUGUCGUCACUCAGCAAAUGGUUCAGGGAGAACAAACUGAUUAUAAACAUACAGAAAACAACCUACAUCAACUUCAGACUCUCAUCCCAAAAACAAGAAAUGCCUGAUGUGAUUCUAAAUAACCAAGAGCUUAUGUGUGUGGACUCUGUCAAGUUUCUUGGCAUAUGGCUCGCAGAAAAUCUUAAGUGGGAGACACACACAAAUUAUAUCUCAAAAAAGCUCUCAACUGCGUGUUACAUUUUAAGAAUACUUAAAAAAUCAGUCACAAAAUCUGUUCUCAUACAUUCAUACCUGUUAAACAAUGACUGCACACUAAAAUUCAAUGGAGAUAUUCAUAACUAUGCAACAAGGCAGCAAUCUGACCUACAUAUGAUUCAGGCCAGAACUACCUGCUAA